AAUAUUCCAAAAAAAGUCAAAUCCCAAUUGGUUCUGUCUAGUCCUUGUCCCAGCUGAGCAAAAAUCUGCAACUGAACGGAAAUUUGAAAUUAGGGUUUAAGUUUCCAACAGUUCUUCUGCUAGAGGUUCAUGACCCAUGCAAAGCACCAAAUUACUGCCUCUUGUCCGUACAAUAAAAACGUUAACACCAAAAUACCUGCCCAUAUCGUCAUGGUCGAGCAGUGCACUGCUGUUGGAUUCCUACUGUGAACCCAAUCCUCGUGACUACAUUUACAGCAAAAACAGGGUUGUUGAUAACUUGAUCAAAUCUGGGCGCUUAGAUGCGGCUCACAAGCUAUUCGAUCAAAUGCUUAUGCGUGACGUUGUUACGUGUAACUUGAUGAUUUUUGGGUAUGGUAAAUAUGGAAACCCUAAACAGGCACUUUAUCUUUACAGUGAAAUGGUUUCAGAAAGAAUUGUUGAAAGCGCAUCCACAUUUUCUUCUGUUUUGAGUAUCUGUAGUAAUUCUGGGUUUUUCAGGGAAGGAAUUCAAGUUCAUUGCAGAGCUAUUAAACUGGGGUUUGGUUUCAAUUUGUAUAUUGGUAGUUCACUUGUUGGUCUCUAUAUGCGUUUGGGACUUAUUGAUUUAGCUUUGAAGUUGUUUGAUGAAUUGCCUGAGAGAAAUUUAGCCACGUGGAAUUUGGUUUUGCGUGGAUUUUGCGAAUUAGGUCUGUUUGAUGAGUUAUUAGGAUUAUACAAUGAAAUAAAAUUGGAUAAUGUGGAGCUUAAUGGGCUCAGUUUUUGUUAUUUGAUCCGCGGAUGUUCUAACAAGAGGUUUUUCGAUGAAGGGAGUCAGCUGCAUGGUCAUGUGAUUAAGGUUGGAUGGGUAGACACAAAUAUUUUUGUUGCUAAUGCUUUGGUAGAUUUUUAUUCUGCAUGUGGGUGUUUAAGUGAGGCAAAGAAAUCUUUUCAAGCUAUUCCAAUGGAGGAUGUUCUAUCAUGGAACUCAAUGUUGUCAGUAUAUGCAGAUAAUGGCUUAUUUCUUGAUGCUCUUGAAUUAUUGUACAUUAUGCAGUUUUGGGGCAAGAAACCGUCAAUUCGUUCAUUUGUAGGGUUCUUAAAUCUGUCUAGUAAGACUGGCAAUGCGCUAUUUGGAAUGCAAAUUCACUGUUGUGUAAUAAAAAUGGGUUUUGACAAUGGGAGUGUUCAUGUACAAUCUGCAUUGAUUGACAUGUAUGGGAAAUGCGGGGACAUUAAGAAUGCAGUAUCCACGUAUGAAAGUCUUCCCAUGACAUCGUUGGAGUGUUGUAAUUCCUUAAUGACCUCUUUGUUGCACUGUGGCAUUGUUGAUGAUGUGUUUGAGAUGUUUGGUUUGAUGGUUGACGAAGGAAUUGGACUUGACGAGGUAACAUUUUCCACCGUAUUGAAAGCAUUAUCAGAGUCAGUUUUGGUAAGCUUGGAAAGCUGCGGAUUGGUGCAUUGUUGUGCCAUAAAACUAGGUUAUGAAUCUGAUGUUUCUGUUUCAUGUUCAUUAAUAGAUGCAUAUUUGAGGUCUGGUCAUGUUCUACUUUCGCAAAAGGUUUUUGAACAAAUUCCUUUACCAAAUGUCUUCUGUUUCACAUCAAUCAUCAAUGGGUUUGCCUGGAAUGGAUUGGGAAAACAAUGUCUCGAAAUGCUUGAAGCCAUGAUCCGGAAGGGUUUGAAACCUGAUAGGGUUACUUUCUUGUGUGUGUUAACCGGGUGCAGCCAUUCUGGUUUGGUUGAAGAAGGAAGAUUGGUUUUCAAUUCAAUGGAAUCUCUACAUGGGAUUUCUCCGGACAGGGAUCAUUUUUCAUGUAUGGUAGAUCUGCUGGGCCGAGCAGGUCUGCUGGAUGAAGCUGAAGAAUUGCUAGAACAAACACCGGGAAGGGGUGAUUGUGUGAUGUGGAGUUCAUUGUUGCGAAGUUGUAGGGUCCACAGGAAUGAAACUGUGGGAAGAAGAGCGGCAAAAAUACUGCUGGGACUUGAUCCAGAAGAUUUUGCAGUUCAUUUGCAAGUCUCAAACUUUUAUUCUGAGACUGGGGAAUUUGAAGCCUCAAUGCAGAUUAAAGAGAUUGCUAUAGCAAGGAAGAUGACGAAAGAGAUUGGUCACAGUUUAAUUGGUUUGAAUAGCUGCUAUUAAGAAUCAGAAUUCUGCAGGUCAAACCAACCAUCAGAGA